UGUGGCUAAGGAUCCCAAAAUGCUUCGACCGGCGGAAGACUCGAAGGGUAAGAAGACUCCGGCUAAGAAUAUGCCACUUUUGGGGGAUCGAUUCAAGAAGAGGUCACCUGGCGGAAGGCCAGCGGCUGAUUCGGUUACAAAGCCUGAUGUGCCCGGAGGUAGAGGCGUCGGAGUCAAAGCUCUCAGCGGUGCGGGCCACGGCCGGGAUGAAAUUUUUGUGGAUGACGUAGCUUGAUCUAAUGAGAGGAAACAGCGUAUUCUCCACAGCUGCAUCAUUGGCAUUAGCUCAGGAUUACAGGUAGCGGAUAAUUCUUGUUAGUUGUAUAAACUUGACUAAAAGGUCAAAUUGUAGGGCUGCCGUGCUGGCUUGGAAGUCGACCAGGGAUUUCGAGGCGGCGAGGGCAAUUGACAACUGCCACAUAGUCUCUGCCGAUUGGUUGUAUAAUAGUGAGAAGCAUGGGAGGAGAGCUGAUGAGAAGGCAUACUGUCUGGUGCGACCGCACGGUAGGGGGCUGGAGAUGGAUUUUGGCAAGAGCUCUUCGUUGAGCAGCCUUGAUAGCUCAAUGUUUCGUUCUCUGAGCCAGGGAUUUGAUUCGGAGCUUAUGCCUCCCCCAAGCGGCGACCGGGGGGUCCACAAGGGAGAGGGUUUUGGAAACGAAGGAAACAAACCCUUCCUCGGAUACGGCGUCCCAUAUUCCGCUGGACGAGCUGGACAAUCAGUCCGUGCACGUUUCCCAGGCAUCCACCAAUGCUCUAUCACCUACUGCGGGCUGAUGCGGAGAGAAGGAAUCUCGUGGGCGAACUCUUGGGCAAGUUCGGAAAAGACACAAUAACAAGCGUGAUGGAUAGGCGCAAGAGGCCGCGUGGUAAGCUUCUAGGAAGAGCUUCAUCAAACCUAUCUUCAUACAGUAACAACAGCGCCGGUGGUUCACAGGGUGAGGGUGCUAGGCGUGGUGACUUUGAUUUUCGCAGUCCCAGCAGGCACGAAGUGGAGCCUCCUAUGCCUAGCCAGGCUAUCACAUACACAGAUCCUGAGGCGGAGAAGGAGAGGAGAAAUGUUCGAGCGAAACUCAGUGGUAAUCCUGUUGUUGAAAGCCCGAAACCUGUAGGUCGUAUCGGAACGGCGGUGGAUGUUGAAGUCACUACCACUACGUCUGUCACGAGGAGGCGGGCAAAGAGGAAA